AUUUUGCUGCUGCCGUUGCGGUCGAACCAGUUAAUAAUUCACGGAAGGGCGAACUUCCUUACUCGUGUAUAAAAAGAGGAAGCAAAUCGUCGAAACAGUAUCAUUCACGCCAAGCAACUACGUCCAGCAACAUCAGAUCAAGAUGAGCCGCCUUAGUUUGAUGUUUGUUGGUUUUCUGGUGGUAUUCGUGAUGAUUGUCUCAAUGGUAGAUGCCGAGGAUCGUGAAAAACGAGCUCCCAUUUUGGGCCUUUUGCUCGCUAAAAAGCUUUUACAUGGAGGGGGUCACCAUCACCAUGACCAUCAUCACCAUGGGCGUCAUGGAGGUUAUGGUCACGGAGGAGGACAUGGUCACGGAGGAUAUGGAGGUUAUGGACAUGGCGGCUACCACCACUGAAUCAGAAUUAACGAACACCAUCAGCAUUCAGCCCUGAAUUUUGCUCCGACAAGCUUCAUUUGUUUUUUGUUACUAUAUAGCGUUACGGUAUACGCAUUUCAACUCAAUUGUUACAUGUUAAUUAUCCAAAGUUGAAGGACCUUUUCUCUGUUAUUGGUGGCGUCCUGUAUCGGUUUCUUAUACAAAAUACAUGCAACUCCAUGUUAA